UAUUCAAUAAGAGUAUAGCAAAACAUUAAAACAUGCAGAGAAAACGGAUGAGAAUCUAGGCGUAAGUCAAGCCACAUGGCUAUCCGCCAUCGGCCCUUGUUCACUAUGCCAGUAAUCGUUCCACGGCCUUUCAGCCGUAGGACGGAAAGCGAUUGCAAAAGCCUUGGCAGGUAGGGGUAGUACUACAUAUAUACCUAGGUAGUGAUAACUAUAUAGGUAUCCCGUAAUCUGCGCCGAUCGCUUCUUAACGAACGUCAGGGAUCAAGUUCUCUUCCUUAGAAGUCAAUCUCAGCGCAAAUCCUACUGAUCCAGUGGUCCCUCUUCGCCAAAGAUACACAUACCACUAUGGCGACUAUUUCUCCAGUGGGCGCGCACGCUUCUAGCGGUCGCGAUGUCGAGAAAGACAUAUUGCAAAACCAACCCGCGACUGAAGUACCGGACGACUCCAAGACCGACACAGACGACGACUCGUCGCACGUGCAGGAAGGCGUUAAACGGAUCGAAGCCAUUACCACAGUUUGGUCUAAGAAAUCUCUAUGGUCUACUUUCGCCCUUCUCUGGCUCGUAUCCUUCGUAUCUGCGCUAUUAUCGUCUAUCGACACUGCUCUAUCACCGUAUGUUACAUCCUCUUUCUCGAAGCAUGGCCUUCUAGCGGUCAUCAACAUUGCCGCAAGAGUCAUCGGUGGUGUCGUCACACUUAGCCUGGGCAAAUUGAUCGACAUCAGAGGCCGUGCGGAGGGUUUCGUUGGAUCGCUACUCCUUAUUACCGUCGGUAUGAUUAUGAAGGCAACCUGCCAAAAUGUCGAAACCUAUGCUGCAGCUCAGGUCUUCACUUGGGUCGGAAAGGUUGCUCUCGGCUUCAUUAUCAACGUGUUCGUGGCAGAUAUCACUACCUUGAAGAACCGAAUGUUCAUUUUUGCCCUGAACUCGACCCCAAAUCUCGCGACCACUUUUGCUGGCCCGAAAAUCGCAGAGCUCUUUUAUCAAAGAGUGAAUUUUAGAUGGGCAUUUGGAGCUUUCACCAUCAUUCUACUUGUAGUGUGCCUCCCGGUCGUCGCUAUCCUCUACUACCACGAAAAGAAAGCGAAACAACUCGGUGUCCUUCGCCCGAAAGCCAACCGUACCACUAUACAAUCGAUCUUGUACUACAUUUCCGAAUUCGAUCUUAUCGGCGCAGUCCUCAUCUCAGGAGGCUUUACACUCAUCACUCUUCCAUUCAGCCUUGUCAGCUCUGCUUCGCACUCGUGGCAGAGCGCAAGCAUCAUUGUUAUGAUCGUGAUGGGUGUAGUCGGUCUCGUUGCAUUCGUCAUCUGGGAAAGAUACUUCUCCCGAGUCAAGUUCUUCCCUUUCGAAUUCCUCAAAGAUAGAACUUUCUUGGGUGCCGUGCUGUCGCAUUUCGUCGUCUUCAUGACAACUUUCGUUUGGGAUGCUUAUUAUAGCUCCUAUCUUCAGGUCGUUCAUGGCCUAAGCAUUAGCAUUUCCAACUAUGUGCUGAAUGCUUAUUCUCUCACAUCAUACUUCACUGGUCCAUUUAUCGCCUUAUACAUCCGUUAUACUGGACGCGUUAAGUACCCGGCUAUGGCGGCUAUACCUAUCUAUCUACUCGGCACAGCCCUGUUGAUCUAUUUCAGAGUACCCUCCUCCCAGGUUGGAUACCUUGUUAUGUGUCAAGUCCUUGUCGGCUUCGGUGUCGGUAUGAUCGGGCAGAUGGCAGAACUCGCUGCCAUGGCGUCGGUAAGGCACCAAGACGUUGCCGUCGCUCUUGCAAUUUACGGCUUAUUCGGAUCUGUCGGUUCUUCCGUUGGCUACGCCGUAGCGGGUGGUCUUUGGACGAAUAUUCUCCCCCAGAAGCUAUACGAAUUCCUCCCUGAGCAAAACAAGAACAUGACGGCCGCGAUUUACGGGGAUAUAAACAAGCAGAUGGCAUAUCCAAUUGGUACUCCAAUCCGGGAUGCCGUCAUAGCGGCCUACGGCGACGUCAUGAGAAAGAUGGUUAUCGUCGGCUCCGCUCUUAUUCCUCUAACUAUUAUCUGCGUACUUGUUUGGAAGAAUAUUAACGUUAAGAAGCUAGAAACAGUCGAAAAGAGAGCUAGGGGCAACGUGUUUUAGAGGGAUGGCGGUUGUUCUAUGGCUCGUCGGGUCACGGUGGAGCCACAGCACUAUCUGCUAUUACUUAGUAUCGGCGAUCCCUUCA